AUGCACUCAGAGUCUUCUGCCGUGUCCCAACAUUCACCAUCUAUAGACUCGUCGCAAGCCAGUACACAACCUAUCCAACAUGGAAAUGAUCUUGACGAUGCUGUCGCAGACCCCCAUGAUCUCCAACCUGGAGAGACUGGGGACUGCCUCGCAGUGGACUUUGUUGGACAAGAGUUUGGCGGCGAGCUUCUGAAAGACGCAAUGUUCACCCCGCUUUCACCUGCUCAGCAUGCGAGCGACUACGAAACUCCGGGGACACCGAGCAAGAACAGAGAUGGCCUAGUCCCUCACGCUUCACCUUUGGGCGGCACUUCAAAAGUACCGCUCGAGACUCUGCCAAAUGGUGAGAACGAUGUCAAUUAUGGACUUGGCGAUCGUUGUGAAGUACCUGCUAAUCGAUUCUACGCUGUUGCAGAGGUGCUCACGCAUAUUCUCUCGCAUCUGCCCCCACAGUCCCUUUCGGCGAUAACGCUGGUUUCGCGACGUUUCCAUGCCUUGGUGACCACUCCUCAUGCUUGGAGAAUAGCCUUUUCGCGAUUCUUCCCAGGCCCCCAGGCUAUUGAGACUGGGCGCUCAAAAACGACCAACUCGGAGGACUUAAUUUCCGACAGACGGUAUUUUGCCCGUUUGACCGCGCUUGCGUCAUGGCGGAGCGAAUACAUACUUCGAACACGUUUGAUGAGAUCCCUAUCCCGUGGCAAGCCAGCACAAUUCCAACCUGCAAAGAGGCAAGCUGCGGUUCGCUCCGCGAGUUCUCGUAACGGUAGUGCUGUCGCAACGUAUCCUUCUCAGCUCAUAUUCCCAGUGAGCCACAUGCAUGGAACCUUCAACGGCCCUUCCAAAGAGCCCAAUUUCAUCCAUGGUGCUUCUGAGCAAGGAAUUGCCUCCGCCAGUGAUCCAUCAGCUGUGAAAGUCACCACAUGGGGCAUCUCUGAUCACCAAAUGUUCCGUCACUUCGCAGACAGCUUCCCGGGUGAUGCGCCGUACGGUCUUGGUACUGGAGACAUGAUUGGUGUCCCUAAUCCAAUGGAUGUUAGCCAGCCGUUCGGCAUGAUUUAUGGCGAAGGUUGUCCUCAGGGCCGCAGCUAUUUUAUUUCAAGCGCCGAGCAACGUGGCCGUUUCCUCAAUCCUUCAGAGUUGAUCCCGCAACCAAGGUUGGGUAUUCCUACUACGAACAAUAUCACUCAAGCUAUCUGCUCCGUCUGGAUUGCAAAGUCGGCGUCCAUCCUGAAGGCGACGAAUGGUCUAAUUGCUAUGAUGACUGGUUCCUCUUCUGGUAUUCUGACAGCCUACGCCAUGGGCCCUCAUCCGGUCUAUGACAAGCGAUACGAGAGAGGCCAAGUGACUGCCAAAUGGGUCAUCAGCCCCGGCGUGCCCAUCAUUGGCAUAGCCGUCGACGAUGAGUUCUCGAGUAAGCGGCACGCUCAGCGACGAAUGUGGGCGGUGGUUCUCAACGCUCUUGGAGAGUUGUACUAUUUGACGGAUCUUCCAACAGAUCCAGACGUUCCUGCUACCGUGAAAUUGAGUGCUGAGCAGUAUGAGGAGCUCGCGUGGAAAACGGGACGAAGUGUGCACUGGGAAUUAGUGGAGAUGAGUCGCCGUGUGGCUCGUCCAGAUCCGUUCAGCCGCGAUCUAGUUAAUGGGAGCUACAGUCCACGGUCCUCGUCGGAUUCUAUGCAGCUUGACGAGAGUCAAAUAGCCGCAGAAACCAAGGAGAUAGAAAAAUUCCUCACCUACAGACCAAAGCACUUCCGCAAAGUUUGUGAGAGCUGGAACAUGCGCUGCGAUCUUCAUGUGGACUUCUCGGGGGACGAUGGGGGAGGCCAUGGCGAGUCUGCCAUAGUGAUCGCUAGGGGUGAUGGCGACAGCGAAAGGGCAUCUGUUCGGCGAUAUACUCGAGUUGUCCCAAAAGGCGAUUCCGUUUUUGUUUCCUCGCAAUCUUCGCGCGGCCCUUCUUCAAGAACUGCGAGUCAGCCACCGAGAUCAAUCUUUGGUGGACCUGCAACCCCCUCGGAGCCCACGCCCACGCCCACGCCUAGCAUUCCGCCAUCACGCUCAUCGAGUCGAUUCACCGAGCGACAGCGUGAAGUGAGCACAGAAUGGCGAGUCUCAGAAUUUACCUUCGGUGAUCGAAAAGGCGUUGAAGUCACGACUACAUCCAUCGACAAUUCCUCGUUUGCAGUACUCACCGCGCAAGAAGACCCACUGCUGGCCAUGUCUGGGAGUACAUUCUCAUCGGCACUAUCUUCGCCCAUGCUUCCGCAUCUGGACCAGCCACGCUCCGGUCAUGAAGUGCCUGGCCAACGCGCACGCUACCUGGCGGCUGGUACUACUACUGGUGGAGUAUUCGUGUGGGACGUUCGUGCGUCGCCGGCGCAAAGCCCCGAGGUGAUCAAUUCUAUCUCCCCCUUGCGCAUCAUUCAAACGGAAUCACCGCAGGUGUCGUGCGUUGCACUCACUUCCCUAUAUCUCGUACACGGUGGCAACGAUGGCUUGGUGCAGGCCUGGGACCCUCUAGCCUCAUCGACUCGGCCGAUUCGGACCUUCAAUUCUCGAUUCUCUUCUCGGGCGCGACGGCGACUGGUGCAGGCCGAGGCUUCUGUGCUAGGAGUGGGAAACAAUUACUUCGCCGCUGGCGCAAUCUGCCUAGAUCCAGAUCCGACCGUCCUGCGCGGCAUGGUCUCACUUGGUACCCAUUUACGCUACUGGUCUUACAGCUCUACGGGUGCAGAUCAAUACAAAUCUAGCAAGCGUCGACUUCGUCGCUCGCUCCGUGGUAGCAACGGCGCCGCGGACGGGCAGCGUUUCACGAACAGUGGACGCGGUGCCAUUCGUGACUUUAUAGAAGACGAACGAUCCGAGUUGAAGCGCCAGGAAGUGGAGAGUGCAAAGGAACGCGCGCACCUGAGCGCUCGAUUUGGAGUCGAUCUCCUCGGCCCUGAUGUGGACGAAGAGCAGCUUCUGCUUUAUGCCAAACUUCUCAGCGAGGAAGCUCACGCAGCCAAGCAGGAUGCAGCGCGUCAGGAGCAGGAGCUUCAAACUGCUAUUGCGAGCUCCGCGACGAGCGCCUCCAUAAGUGAUGUUGCCGGGGGACACUCUUUCAGCCAGGCUGAGAUAUCGUCUUCCUCCUCUCCGUACCAGAAUGCGGUGGACGAGAACGUAGAUGAGGACCUCGCCGAGGCCAUUCGAUUAAGUUUACUCGAUGAGUCAACCAAGCAAGACGUCACCGCCUCCAUCCCAAUCAAAUAUGCGAAGAACAGGGGCAGAUCACGCAACUCAUCAUCCGGCUCAGGUGGAGAAGCGGGAGGUCCCGAAGGAAGCCGGAGACAAGAGAUGGACGAUCUUGAGUUUGCCAUUCAACUCAGUCUGGCCGAGGAUCGAAGUCGCACUGGAGUGACGGGAGAACCCCUCCGCGAUGAAUUCGAGGAAUUUCCAGACCUAUCUUCGGCAGCGCUAUCGUCUUCUCAAUCUUCGGGUAAGGGCAAGGGCAGAGCGCCAGCGUGGUAG